AUGACCGAGCCGGCGCUGACUAACGGUCAUUCUGGCGCUGAGGCGGAACGCGAGCUCGGCAGUUGUUGGUUUCUCAACACCGGCGUCCUGGACAUGAUGGCAGGUGCCGCCCGAAUUCGAAUACAGGCACUACUGAAUCCAGUUUCUUCGUCAGUGAACGUUAGAGAGACGCCUAGCUCAAUCAACUCAUGCGUCGCCGAAUUACAAGAAAUUGACUCUUAUGCUCGGCGGCCGUCAGAUACAAGGAGACAUCUUCGAUCCGGAUCAACUUUGAACUCAACGGCUUCCUUGUUGAAUGACAUCCGAGCCCUGAGAGUCGUUGAGCUUAUAAAUGACUAUCGUACUUUGCUCGUCAAUACAAUAGACCAAAUUAUCAGCAUCCCGUUAAAUAUCCUUGAGAAGGUCGGUUACAGCACACUAAUUCAGAGCCAUGCCGCAUUACAGGGCUUGCUGGCCGACGCUUACGAACCGACGGCAGUUGUUGCGGGCAUUGAGGGUAGCGGAAAUGAAGCGGCAAAGAUCACAUAUCUCAGGGAAGUUAUACUUGAUGCGAGCGCUCGCCGGCACCAAGCGCAGAAAGUUUAUCUCAACGUGGCUGCCGUUAAACGCUGGGUCUUACUCCGCGAAAACGUCAAGGACAGUUUGAGCGAACAUAGUCUCACUGUGCGACUAGGAGAAAUCGAUGCUAUGUUGUGCAGAGACAUUGAUAUCAUCACCGACGCACCUGUAGCUGCGCGACUUCAUGAAGCUGAUGUACGAGCUGGAUACUGGGUAGAGGAAGAUCCUCCGCUAACUGCCAUUCUCUUUUGGAUUCAACGCUGUUCUUUAGCAUUGCGCCGCGGUGAAUGUAAUCCGACAGUCAUGCAAUGA